AUGGCCAUCUCAUCCCACCAUGACAUAGCCUUUAUCUUUGGCAUUCUUGGCAACAUAGUGUCGUUCAUGGUUUACCUUGCACCGGUGCCAACAUUUUACCGAAUAUGCAAGAAAAAAUCGACCGAGGACUUUCAAGCUAUACCUUACGCAGUCGCACUCUUUAGCGCCAUGUUGUACUUAUACUAUGCAUUUCUCAAGGAAAAUUUGAUCAUUUUAAUCACAAUCAAUAGCAUUGGAUUUGUUAUGGAGAGUGCAUACUUAACUAUCUUCAUGAUCUACGCAACAAAAGAAUCCCGAGCUUUUACGAUGAAACUACUUGUCACGUUCAAUGUGCUUUCGCUAGCAAUGAUUAUUGGUUGCACGUAUAGUUUUGCACAAGGAAAGUUGAGGUCGAAAAUUGUGGGUUGGAUUUGUGUGGUCUUUUCUGUCAGUGUUUUCGCUGCGCCACUAAGCAUUAUGAGACAAGUGAUCAAAACCAAAAGCGUCGAAUUUAUGCCCUUCUCACUCUCGUUCUUCCUCACAAUAUGUUCCGUCGUGUGGUUUUUCUACGGAUUAUUAAUAUCCGACUUUUACAUUGCGGCACCAAACAUUUUGGGCUUCACAUUCGGUCUAAUGCAGAUGGGUUUGUACUUUGUAUACAAAAACAAAAACGCGACCAAACAACAUAAUCAACCUUCGAACGAGAGCUACGAAACUAAAGUUCACGACAUUAUCGCCGUUGAACUAAACUCCUCGCUCGACAAGAAACUCGACAGUGGUUUGGAAAACGAGUCGAAAAAGCUCGAUUUGGAAAUUGUGGUGCUCGAUUGUGAAGAACAUGUAACAGGAAUAGCUGUAAUUCAGAGUCAUUAA